AUGCAAGAUCAUUAUUCAACUCAACAACAUCAACAUGCUUUACUCAAUGCUGUUCAUGAAAUGUUAUCACAAUUAAACGACAGACAAAUGGAUAUUGAGCAUUCUCGAACAACAACUGCGGGACCUUGUAAUCCUGCUACAGCUCAAUCAGAAGAGCUUUAUGAAAUGCUUAGUAUCUUAGUAGGUGGUAUCGAAACAUUGACCAAUGAUGAACAAUGCCUAGCCAAUGAAGCACUACAAAUGCAAACGGCAAUUCCAACACUGGCAGAAGAAUUCUCGAAAGUUAAAUUAUCUGUUGAAGAGUCAAAUGCUUUUUUGGAACGAGUCAGACAUAAUCAAGCCAUUCUUAACCAAGAUUUAUUAUCAUUGCAAGAAAAAAUCAAUGGUUUACAAUGUGUGUUCUAUGAUGGAACACUUGUUUGGAAAAUAGCAAACUUCCACGAGAAAAUGAAAGAUAACCAAGAACUAACAUAUUAUUCGGUUUCUAUAACAUCGACAAAUAAUAUGUAA